UGAAAGAACUACAGCUGCGGGCUCAUGAACGCGCAUUUGACACCAAAUCCUCUAGAUUACUGGACCCCGUGCCUCGCCAAGGGAAAGAAGAUUGUCUGACCAUACCAACGGUGUUUUUAUUCGCUAUAUAUAAAUUCAAGUGACUUUGGGGGAUCGAAUAUAACAUUUAAUGGAAUAGAAUUCAUUGGAAGGGUCGUUUCUGUACCUUCUCUGCUCUUUGGUUGAGGAAAGAGCCCUGCCGCUUGCGUUGUCAGGCCAAUGUGGGUUGUUCUGGAACAACAGCAGCUUCCCGUGAUUACUUUGCACUGUGAAAGUCUAUUCUUUGGACGGAAAUACAAUGCCAGGAGACAUCAAAGUGAAUAUUGGUUGGUGUAAGAAUCAACAAUAGGCCAUGAUCUCGGUGGAACUUCAUUUUGUUUUGGGGUAACUGGGAUAUCGUUGCCAUAAUAACGCUUUGACCAUCAAUGAUUUCAGUUGAACAGUAUUUGAAAUCAUUCUGAAUUGUUAUAAUACUGUAACAUAUUGAAUAUGCCACCUCAGAGUCUGCUUGACUCAGAAGAACACACCGAGGGACCUAAGUCAACACAACCAUUCAAGUCCUAUGCGGUAGAACGCACGGAUGAUCUUCGUAUUGCUGGAUAUUCAUUCCUUUGUCAACUGUCUAUCGGAAGACGGCAGGCUUGAAAAUGGCAUCCUUUUUCAAUUUCCGUAAAAUCUUUAAAUUGGGUGCAGAGAAGAAGAAGAAGCAGUACGAGCAUGUCCACAGAGAUGAGAACCCAGAGGAGAUAUGGGAGAUCAUUGGCGAACUGGGGGAUGGAGCCUUUGGAAAAGUCUAUAAGGCCCAGAACAAGCUAACAGGCAUUCUGGCUGCAGCUAAAGUGAUCGAUACCAAGACGGAGGAGGAGCUGGAGGACUAUAUGGUAGAGAUCGAUAUCCUGGCCUCCUGCGACCAUCACAACAUAGUGAAGCUGCUGGACGCCUUCUACUACGACAGCAAGCUAUGGAUCCUGAUAGAGUUCUGUGCAGGUGGAGCGGUGGAUGCCGUCAUGCUGGAGCUAGAGAGGCCCCUGACGGAGCCCCAGAUCCGGGUGGUGUGUAAGCAGACCCUCCAGGCCCUCCUCUACCUCCACGACAACAAGGUGAUCCACAGAGACCUGAAGGCUGGGAACAUCCUGCUAUCCCUGAACGGAGACGUCAAACUGGCUGACUUUGGUGUGUCGGCCAAAAAUACCAAAACACUACAGAGGAGAGACUCUUUCAUCGGGACGCCAUACUGGAUGGCCCCGGAGGUGGUGAUGUGUGAGACGUUUAAGGACCGUCCGUACGACUACAAGGCUGACAUCUGGUCCCUGGGGGUGACUCUGAUCGAGAUGGCCCAGAUUGAGCCUCCCAACCACGAGAUGAACCCAAUGAGAGUUCUGCUGAAAAUAGCCAAGGCCGAUCCUCCUACCCUGAUGCAGCCGUCACGCUGGUCUCCAGAGUUCAGUGAUUUCCUAAGAAAGUGUCUCGAUAAGAAUGUGGACAACAGAUGGAAUGUGGCACAACUUCUACAGCAUCCAUUUCUGAGUACUGUGACAGACAGCAGACCGCUGAGGGAGCUGAUCGCUGAAGCAAAGGCUGAGGUUUACGAGGAGAUUGAGGAACACAAGGAGGAAGAGGAGGAGGAGGACGGAGAGACACAACGGGGUCACAAACGUGCACCGUCCGAUGCCAGUGUUGCCAGUUCGGAGGAUGAGAAGCUCCCUCAGUCUCCCUCAGCCUCCAUCUUGGAGUCUUUACCGGAGAAGGCUGAACCGGUUAUCCCAACACCACAGAUUGUUGAAAAGAUCCCUGAACCAAGCGUUGUCAAGCCAGAGGAGAACCUGGUUGUGGACACUAGCUUGGUCGAGGAGCCUGCUGUCCCUGCAGAAGUGGAGAAAAUGGAUGAGACCCUUGGUGCUCCAAUAAAUGGAGAGACAACAGAAGCCAGUGAGAAACCAGUAGAGGUGAAGGAAGAGGAGGAGAAGGUUCCAGAAAUAACAGAGGUUUCCCCAACAGAACCCAGUGAGAUAGCUUCUUCAGAACCAGCUGAGAAACCAGCAGAGCCUCAACCAGAAGGAACUGUUUCCAAUGCUGUAGUCACCAUAGGUGACAAGGAGAUGGAACAACUGGCCAUAUCCAAUCAAGAUGAAAAGGAAGUGGACACAGCUGAGGUCCAGACGAAUGAGAUCACCACAGAAGGGUCAGAGGCCAAGGAAGAGCCAACAGAAGGCAAGAUAGAAGUUGAGGAGGAACCAGCCAAUGAGGAGCCUAGCAGAGAAGCAAAGGUUACCGUGACAACCCCAGAGGAGACUAAGGUGGAAGACAAACUCACACCUGCAUCUCCAGCGGUCUGUAAAGAGGAGGAAGGCGAGAAAGAGAGAGUGGAGUAUAAGCCAACUGCGGAGACAGGGACUCCAGGGAAGUCUAAGGAUGAGAAGGAGAGGGAUUCGGACUCUGGGAGUAGUUCUGCUGCAAAUAACGGCAGCAUAGACAUGAACCUGUCCAUCUCCAGCUUCCUGACCAAAACCAAGGAGCCAGGACCCCUCUCCAUACAGGACACCAAGCGCCAGAAGAAGACACUGAAGAAGACCCGUAGGUUCGUGGUGGAUGGAGUCGAGGUUAGCGUGACGACGUCGAAGAUCAUCACCGACAAUGACACCAAGAACGAGGAGAUGAGGUUCCUCAGGCGUCAGGAGCUGAGGGAGCUGCGUUUCCUGCAAAAAGAGGAACAGAGGGCCCAGCAGCAGCUCAGCAAUAAACUGCAGCAGCAGAAAGAGCAGAUAUUCCGCCGCUUCGAACAGGAGACGACCAGUAAGAAGCGCCACUACGACCAGGAAGUGGAGAACCUGGAGAGACAGCAGAAGCAGACCAUCGAGAGGCUGGAGCAGGAGCACACCAACCGGCUGAGGGACGAGGCCAAGCGCAUCAAGGCCGAGCAGGACAAGGAGCUGUCCAAGUUCCAGAACAUGCUCAAGAACCGCAAGAAAGAGGAGCAGGAGUUCCUGCAGAAACAGCAGCAGGAGCUGGACUGCGACCUGAAGAAGAUCAUCCAGCAACACAAACACGAGCUGGCCACCAUCGAGAGAGACUGUCUCAACCACAAACAACAGCUCCUCAGAGCACGGGAAGCAGCCAUGUGGGAGCUGGAAGAGCGCCACCUACAGGAGAAACACCAGUUGUUUAAACAACAGCUGAAAGACCAGUACUUCAUGCAGAGACACCAGCUGCUCAAGAGACACGAGAAGGAGAUGGAGCAGAUGCAGCGCUACAACCAGCGUCUGAUAGAGGAGAUGAAGAACAGGCAGACACAGGAGAGGGCCCGCUUACCCAAGAUCCAGCGCAGCGAUGCCAAGACGCGCAUGGCCAUGUUCAAGAAGAGCCUCCGAAUCACUGGGGGCCCCAUCACACCCGAGCAGGAGAGGGAGAAGGUCAAACAGUUUGCAGCCCAGGAGGAGAAGAGGCAGAAGAAUGAGAGGCUCCACCAGCACCAGAAACAUGAGAACCAGAUGAGAGACCUGCAACUGCAGUGUGACGCCAACAUCAGGGAGCUGCAGCAGUUACAGAACGAGAAGUGCCACAUCCUGAUAGAGCAUGAGACCCAGAAGCUGAAGGAGCUGGAUGAAGAGCACAGCCAGGAGCUGAAGGAGUGGAGGGAGAAACUACGACCCAGGAAGAAGGCUCUGGAGGAAGAGUUUGCCAGGAAGCUUCAGGAGCAGGUGGUCUUCUUUAAGAUGAGUGGAGAGUCAGAGUGCCUUAACCCCUCAGCCCAGAGCCGCAUCUCCAAGUUCUACCCCAUCCCCAGUGUCCACACCACUGGCUUCUAGGGGUUAACCCUAUCAUGACACUCCGGAUGGACAUGAACAUAUAUCCACACCCACAUAUUGAAGGCACACACAAUUAAUAGCUAUACACACUCUGGAUGGAUACACACACACACGCAGACAGACUAAUAAGACUGAGCCUCUGCUGCCUUGCCCCGUCUCCACUGAUGACAAUCAGGGGGGCGAAGGGGCGAUAUCUCCGAGGGGUGUGUUUGUACCCCUCUAUCGGUUUCUGGACGAGGAUGGGACAGUAGCCCUCAAGCUACAGACUGUGUUAAUAAUGAAGACCCUUUUAAUGGCGAUCUGUUAUACAUAAUUUACCUCUUUUUCAUUGUAUAGGGUCGUGUUCAGUCGGUCACACCGUAGCAAGAGUUUGAAUUUGUGUUCUUAUUGUAGAAGUAGUACCUCCUCGUUUCACUCCAUUUCAAAUCAUUUUCCACUGACUGAACAAAACCCAGUUUUAUUUCUUAUAACUUCCUCUUUUGAAAUGAGUUAUGAAGGAGAUUCUUGACAUUAUGCAUUUUCAAAAUUGAUACUUUGGCACUGUGUUCCUCAAAUCCUAGCCUCCAAGUCACUAAAGUGUCUCAGGCAGAGACAAUUUCUUUUAUUGCUGAUUCUUUUUCAUUUGUGAAUUAUUAUUUUUUCUUGAAGAAUCUAGUGCCUGUAUACUUUUAUUUCAAUGGACUGGCUUUUCAAAUGUAAGCUUCCUCUGAAAAGAAACUGUUGCUGCUCGAUUUUUAUACCAUUAGUUAUUUGCACUAAAUCAGGGCUGCCCAACCCUCUUCCUGAUUCAACUAGUUAAGGUCUUGUUGAGCAGCUAAUAAGUAGAAUCAGGUGUGUUGAAUUAGGGUUGGACUGAAAACCCACAGGACAGUAGAUCUCCAGGAAGAGGGUUGAGCAGCACUGCACUAAAUAUAAAGGAUGAAGUAACAUUUUGUACCACUGAAGUCCAAUAUUAUAAACUUAUAUAUCCAAUAUCCUUGGUGAUGUUUUGAGAGAGCUAAUGAUCUGAUAAGAAUGUACUUUUGGUAAAGGAUGAAAAGCACAUUUUUUAUAAUGAAUCUUGACAAAGGCAUGAUAUAUUUUUAUGCAAUCACACAAGAUAUUGAAUUUAGUUUCCAAUGGACUAGGGAGUGACUGCCUGAAGUUGUGCAUGGAUUUCAAUGCAAGUUUGACUUCUUAUGUUAUAAUUAUGGUAUCAAAUGUUAUUUUUUGGAGCUUAUUAACAGUUUGGGAUUUAUAUUUUUCUGUCGGAAAUGGUUCCUUUCUUCUAGCCUGGAAUCCAAACUGAAUCACUACUUUCACUGUUGUUUUACUUGAACAUUUGUGAAAUGGUUGAGAUUCCCAGGCUAGUAUCUUUCUUCAGGUUUCAUGAGCAUGCCUCAUGAGAUUUGUUUCUCUCUUUUUGUAAUUUGGUGUAGUCGGCGAGUGGCCAUUUUGUUUUAGCAUACCAAGGAGGGGGUAUUAAAAUGGUGAUUGUUUAUAUAUCCAGACAGAGACGAGGUUUUCACUGUGGCGUUGUUAUAUAAUUCGAUAGAAAUCUGUGAGGACCUAUAUGAAGGUCUGUUUUGUUAGGAUUUCAUGCAAAUGUUUGGUAUGUCUGUGUACUGUUUAUGAAAUUGCCUCCCAUUACCAUAUUCAUCAGUUCACCUGCAUGGCUUUUGGGUUUGUUUGUAAGGAAACUAUGAUGCUGUUUUAUUAUCAUUCAUACUAGCUAAUAGCCUUAAUGUUUUCAACAAAAUGUAUGAAGAUACGGUAUUCAUGUUGUGGCCCUCUGUAGUUAUUUUAAUCAGACUUAGUUCAAGUCCCGCCCUCAAGCGAUCUUUAUAUUCGUAUAGCCUACUGUAUCAUAGUCAAAUGUUUUGUUCGUUACUUAUUUAAUCUAAGGAUAAUGAAUAUGCCGUUAUCAUGAGUUGAACAGUUUUGAUAACAUUUUCAGAACUACAGUUUUAGCUUAUUUUAUGAUAGAUAUGCAUGAUCUACUCUAAAGUGGUGGUAGCCUAUAACCUUCAAUACAGUUGAAAAUCAUUUGUUAAAAAGGAACUGUUGGACCUGACUGGUUUAGGCCAUCAUGGCUUUUGAUUGGUCCAUUUGUUAUCUCACCCUUUUUUGAUUGGCUGCAGGAACAACAAUCAGUCGAUGCUAUUUUAUAAUUGGUCUGUAAUAGUGGCAAACAAAAACAAAACAUCAUACACAAUGAAGGAGUGCUGUGCACCUUACACAAAAUGAAGAUUCUCCGCCAGUAGUUAUUUAUGUGGAAAUGUAUCUUUACGGUACAGUAUUGUAGUUUCCUCAAUUGUCAAAUAGUUAAUUUCUAAUCUGAAACUUAAACUGAAUUGAAAAUAUAAUUAAAUACCAAUCAUGUCAAUAUGUGUUAUGUUAUUAGUGUCAUGAUUUCCUUCUGAUUUUCAAAUUGUAUCAUGAUUGAUUUCAGAAUGUUGUUUGAAAUUGAACUACCAUUAAAAAAUAAUGUUGACUUUAUAGUUUAUAGAAUGCCUAUGUACUGUAGAUUUGCAUUGUUCUGUAAAUAAACAAUUUCCUGUAUACAAUA